AUGACCAGCGAAACAGCUCCAUCCCCAAAUUACGACAAAGAACUCCGAAUUGCAUCCCUAGCAGUCCACCGCGCCAGCAUCUUCACCAAAAUCGUCCAAAGAGACCUCGAGAUAGUCACCAUCCGCAAACCCGACGGUUCCCCCGUGACUAUCGUCGAUUUCGCCGCCCAGGCGAUUCUCGUCAGCGUUCUCCGUCAUCACUUCCCGAAUGAUGUCUUUGUGGGCGAGGAGUCUGCGUCUAUGCUUCGCGAUGACCCCGUGCUUGCGCAGCGGGUGCGGAAGCUUGUAUCUACUAUGACAUGGGUUGAUGAUGAUGCCGAUGGUCAGGCUUUGGCCGUGAUGCCACAGUCCAUCGAGGAGGUGCUGGGUGCAAUUGAUAUCGGGGGCGAUGGGGAUGGAGCUGGUAGUCAGCGGACUUGGUUUCUCCAUCCGAUUGAUGGGACGGCGACGUUUAUACGGGGCCAGCAGUAUGCGGUUUCGGUGGCGUUGGUGGAAGAUGGGGAGCAGAAGGUUGGGGUUGUCGGGUGUCCGAAUCUGGCGUUUAAGAGCACGUCUGUGCAUGAGGUCGUCGAUGGAGAUGGGUAUGGGAUGAUGUUGUUCGCUGUCAGGGGUCAGGGUGCGUACAAGCGACAGAUGACCCUGUCCAGUCUGGGGCCUUCGCAGAAGACUUCUCUGAGUCCGUGGCAAAGAAUGGGAGAGAGAAUCACAUUUACUGAAAGCUCGAUCAGUGGUGUUAUCCAUCGGGAGAAGCACAAGUUCAUUAGGGACAUAUUAUUCGCCAAUCCGGUGGUAGACCUUUACUCGAUGCAAGUCAAGUAUGCGGCCCUAGCAAUUGGUGCAUGCAACGCGAUGAUCCGCAUUCCCAAGGACAAGGACCACCAGUUCCCUGCAUGGGACCAUGCCGGGGUAGUGCUCAUCUUUGAGGAAUCAGGUGGCAAGGUUACCGACCUAUAUGGCCAACCUUUCAAUUAUGCUCUUGGGAGAAGGUUAGCUGACAAUCAAGGUUUGGUGGCAGCUAAACCGAUGCUUCAUACCGACCUCUUGCGCUAUUCAUGCUAUGUUCAUGAGAGAAAUCAACAUGACCAUGGGCGAUCGAGCGGAUGGACAGUGCAUUCCCACAGCAUGAUCGUAUCAGUGUAUGACGCCCUUGCAGCCACAGAAGUAAUUUACUAG